AUUGGGUAAAAAAUUGGCUACCGUGUCAAACACAUGAGUUUUUUUUUGCAAGAGGAAGACUUGAUUAUCAUUAAUCAAAUGAGCAUCCAAAGAUGAAACAAUAAAAGGAGGAAAAUAAACCAUGAUCGUGACUAAGAACAAGCAACUCUUGCAAGAGUAUGGACUAUCUUAUUCGCUCCUGAAGGAUUUCGUCAAGUCUCUAAUGUCUUCACCCAACAAACCAAUGGAAGAACAACUGGACCCAAGUGUAAUUUCUGCAACAACCCAGGUUGCAUCGGUCUCCACCUCAAUCUCGUCCCACCUGUGUAGUUAAAUCCAGCUGAGAGCUUCUCGGAUUCCCAGCAGUUCAGCCCAAAGCGGAGACCACUUGCCCGGCCACGGACAGGUUGGCCCCGCCACAAAGCUUCCAUUAACAUCCCGCAAGCACCACCCGAGCCCACACCCGCCCAUACGGACUGCCGCAUCCACAUUCAACUUCAAACCUCCAGCUCCCGACUUCCUCCAGGUCUCUAACACCUGUCGUCUCUGUUUUGGCUCAUUCCAUCGUCCAUAAUGGAUUUGUCUCCAGCCUUCAACAAUAGCCCGAGCUCGAUUAAUAAACUAAGGAGUUGUCGAAGCAGUUCCUUGCCACACCCGGUAGUUUCUCUCGCACCAUACAGCCCAACUACCCCAAAUCAUCCUUUCCAAAUCUUCCUUUCUCCUAGUUUGUACUUCAAGAUUAAUUUGUUCCACCAGAGAGUUCAUCCCCAUCUGUCCACUUCCAGGAAAGCAGCUCCCAAGCUUUGCGAGCAACACGGCAAUGGCGAAAACUAUGUACCAAUGACUCCCGUUCUUCCCCGCACAAACCGCACACCUCCGAACAUAUCACUCGCCGAGCUUGCAACAUAUCCCUCGUGGGCAAACAACCGCUACAAACCUGCCAAAAGAACAGUUUUAUUUUAGGUGGAAGCUUCCAAGACCACAUGGUAGUCCACUCUGAUCCAUGCAUCUCUCCCAAAUCUCCCGUUAUUCUCUAGUAACAACUACGGACUGACAUGGCCUGUAUAACCGCUUUCAACAAAACCUCCCUUCCCACUUUGAAUAAAAAUUUAUUAUUCCAAUUAUUAAUGCGGCUAACAAUUCUUUGUCUUAGAUAACUCAGAAUAUCUUUCCUACUCUUCCUAACCAAUGCAGGUAAACCCAAAUAUUUUUCAUUCUCUCCAGCCAACCCAACACCAAGCAUCUCAA